GCGCAACCAGCGUGAUGUGGGAUUUGGCGGAGGAGUAAUCGACAAUGAUGGCAAUUUGUCAUCUAAAAUAAAACUCCUUACAAGUUUGUGAAAAGAAGAGGCAAAAAAUAAGCUGCAAGGAUAACAGUUGAAAGCUGCAGAAAUCUGUUCUGAAUGUGUGCAAAUGAAGUGAAAAAAAUAUAUACAAUAUAUGCAUAUAUGUGGUAAAGAAUUCAAUGAAUAGAAAAUAAAUACAUAUACAUUCAAAGAAUGUAGUAAAAAGCGUGAGUAAUCAAUGAAAAAUAAGCAAACUAAGAAGCGUCUUAUUACUUUUGAAUUGAGAGUGCGAUGUGACAAUACGCGAGCCACUGUUAGAAGACUAAUAAGAAAACCAGUAUAUAGAAUAAAUUUGUUAUGAGCAGCGGCAAACAUAAAAAAUUAAAAUCAACUGCAACCUGCUGAACUAAAGUAUCAACAACAACUAAACUACAUUGCGGCAUUGUCUCCUGUUUCUAUCUUCUUUAAAACUGUGCUUAGGAAGUGUUGGACCCAAACGCUCUAAUGCAGACGAUAUGGGCACAACAUGGCCUCAGCAGAUAUAUUACAAUACUACAGCAACACUACAACAAAAACAGAGGCAACAGCAACACAAACACUUCCAACAACAACAGCAUAUGUUCAGCAUUGUUUCGUGCAACACACUUCCGGCAUACAAGCGCCAGAGGCAUACAUCCUCGCCAACGAGCGGAAACAAUUUAAAGACGAGGCAUCAGCAAAAUCAGCAUCAACAGAAGCAACAAAAACCAACGCCUCAACAGAAAUAUCGAGCCUAUUGUCAUCGCAUCGUCAACCCUCACUUACCGUUGUCGAGUACUCUUCGAUUCAAUGCGAAUUGGGCACAAAACACCAGAACACAGGAACAACGAAUGAGAAGCAACAUUCUAAGAGCGACCAGAUAUUGCGAAAAUCCUUACAACAGAGUCCGGCACAGUUACAUUUGCAGUCAUUACAAAGGAGUGAAAAGGGAUAUCACUUCAUCGCAUCGCCAUCAAUAUGGAAAGCAACUGCUGCCAGGAAACAACCAAACUCAAGCGAAGCGAAGUCAUUGCUGCCGCACAAUCAAAAGUAUUGCAAAGGCAAAGAUGAUAUUGAAAAUCACCGCUUUGUGGAAGGUUUGCAAAGAGGCAGAAGUAAAAGCGAAUGUUCAGCACAUUGCAGUGGUUACAGUGAGAUACCAGGAGAGAGGCCUCAAAAACAAAAACAACAACGAAUGCACCAAAGAUGCCAUUCGGAAAGUAGAAGGAGAAAAAUCAAAGGAUUUGCAAACAUGUCAAACGCAGCAGCGACUGGUAGCGAGUUGCAACGACAACAAAAAUAUUAUAUCCAGCAACAAAUCUCUAUUGUCGGUAAUGGCGAUAUUGCUAGUAGUGUGGCUGCAGGCGCUUGUAAACUGUUUAGAGGUGGUUGUGAGCACAUUACACAACAAACACAGAACAACAAAAACAAAAGCAAAACCAAAAGCUGCCAACCAGGGAAAACGAAAUGCAAGAAAAAGUACAAUGUGGACGCUUGCUGCCAAGCAGCUAGCGGGUGUGGCUGCUAUUGUAAUCCGUCUGACGCUGUCUCAUGCUUACGCCAAUCUUCCAGAAAUGUUAAUGACAACAAACAACAAAAACAACUACCACAUGCCAGUCAAUCGAAUGACUCUAAAGCACAUUUUUCACAACUAUUUGCCGGCAGCUAUUGCUCAUACAAUGCAACGCCUCAGUUAUCGAAACAGAUUGAAGCUUCUACAACAAUACCAUUGCUACUACAGCCCACAACAGUUGCAUGUGCAACAGUCGAACAACGAAGUAUCUUUCAUUAUAAAAACCACCACAGCAUUUGUAGUUGCAACAGGUGCGCUGUCGGCGAGCUUUGUGACGGAGUGGCGUCCGCUGCUGCUGGCUUUGUUAAUGGUGUUGCUGCAACCACGACUACUAAACCUUUUCUAUCUACAAUGCGUUGCUCUAUGCGUACGAAAUUUACGGUGGCUCUGGCUGAUCUCCAGUCAUUCUCACGCGCUCUAUUCUCGGUCAUCAUCAUCUUUAAUAUGCUGCCAUUAUUCUAUGCAGAAUGUGACCAGACAUUCGUUUCGCGCAUUGGUGGCCCACAGAAUGGCACAUUCUCCGCUCCGUUGCUGCACAAUCACAAAAAUCAUUCGCGUCAGUGCUUGUACACCUUCCUAGCAGGACCCGGACAACGAGUCGAAGUACUAUUUACAUCAUUUAAUUUAAGAGGAAGUCCACCAGACUGUGUUCACGAGUACAUGGAUAUAUAUUCCGAAGUGCAAUCAUCAGAUCCAGCUGAACUAAUAAAUUCACCAUUUGGUGGACGAUAUUGCGGCACAAUACCGCCACGACGACGUAUCUCCAUGUACCGAGCUAUAGCCAUUUCAUUUUUUACCAACAAAAAUGUAUCAACACCCGAUUUAUUCGAAGGGACUUAUAGAUUUAUAAAUGCAUCUGAAUAUGAAAUUGGUAUACCAAUAGCGGGUUCACCAUGUUCCUACACCAUCACGCCUAGCAUGAGUAUUAACAAAACGGGGGCACUAAUAUCGCCAACCUAUCCGGGUGCCUAUCCAAAGGAUAUGUCAUGCACAUAUCAAUUUCUCGGCGAAUCGAAUCAAAGAGUUAGAUUAGAAUUUCGUGAUUUUGAUCUAUUUUUUGGUGGACCACACUGCCCAUUUGACUAUGUCAAAGUGUACGAUGGUCCCGACAAUUCGUCAGCAUUAAUUGGUACAUAUUGCGGACAGCAAAGGAAUUUAGUUUUAUACUCAAGCGAAUCGAGCCUUUUUGUUCAUUUUUAUACAUUGCCGAGAACAGCAAAUACCCAAAAUCGUGGCUUUAAAGGAAUUUAUGAAUUUAGCGAAAGUUUUGUUAAAUUAGAUUUUAUACGUGAAAAUGAUGGCAUUCACAUACGUGGCUCGGAAUGUGAUCAGAAAAUAUUAUCGAGGAAGGAGUCAACGGGUUUUGUAUUGUCACCGAAUUACCCUUAUCCAUACAUACCGAAAACUGUUUGUAGGUACUUCAUUUAUGGUAUGCAAGAUGCUCAGCAUCUAGAACGAGUACGUCUUGAAUUCUCUGCUUUCAAUAUACCUAAGGUAGAGCACAAGGAUAAAAGCGAAUCUAAUUGCACGGAUGGUUAUCUGAAGAUCUACCUGAAAGGACAAGAAACUGCCGAUGCCUACGACAAAUUCGACUAUGAAUUGUGUGGCAAUGAAACACAGCGAGUUCUCAGUGAUGGACCACGCUUAGCGAUGGUUUUCAGUUCCGGCGAGCUGCAAGGACGCGGUUUCAAGGGUAAAUAUACUUUUGAAACCGAAUACAAAAUACCUGGCACAGCAGCACCAGACGGCACAUGUAGCUUCACAUAUGUGAGCAAUUCGAAGAAACGCGGCGAAUUCAAUAGUCCUCGCUAUCCAUCCAAUUAUCCAUCGGACACGAAUUGUUCGUAUCUCUUUCUAGGCGAACCAAAUGAGCAGGUCACGAUUGUCUUCGAUCAUUUUAAAAUAAAAGCGGAUGGUAACUCAAAUGCCACUGCGGGAGCUUAUGGCUCUGGCGCUUGCUUUGAAGACUGGCUGGAAAUGUAUGUUGUAUAUCGUGAUAACAACGAUCGUUUUCUUGGUCGCUACUGUGGUCUGACAGCACCCGGCCCCGUAGAGAGCCCUAGGGGUGCAGUGGGUCUGCGCAUCACAUUGCAUACGGAUCAAGAAAAUGUAGCUAGCGGUUUCAAAGCACGCUACUUCUUCGAAACGCCACGUUCCGAUGUUGGCGAGUGUGGCGGAAAUUUUUCCAAUCAAGAUUCUGGUAUUAUCACCUCACCUAAUUAUCCAGCUGGAUAUAAGGCGCCUGGUCGUGGCAUGGCAUCGAUGGCAUGCAAUUGGAUAAUGACCGCACGUCCGGGAUAUAAGUUAUCGAUAAAUUUUGAACACUUUUCAAUCGAGGGCGAUCCAGCAAGUCGUGGCUGUCCUGCUGCUGUAUUGCGUCUUUGGUUAAAUAUCGAUUCGGAUCAACCGCCAAUGGAAUUGUGUGGGGAGAAAACACUAAUCGAACAGUGGUAUCAUAUUUCCACUGGACAAACUGUUCGUAUCAGUUUCACAACCAGCGAUAAAACCGUUGGUGCACCGGGCUUCCGCAUUGUAUGGACUGAAAUACAAGACUACAAGACUGGACCGCCGUCCACUGGUCUACUCUGCGAAUCAACAUACCACUUCCAAUGCGAGGAGGGCUACUGCAUUUCUGAUAAACUACGCUGCGAUGGCGUCAAAAACUGUAGUCCCGGUGAUGAUAGUGACGAAUUGCACUGUACCACACAAGCGCCCGAGGAGGAUCACGGCGUUCUAAUUAUAAUAACACUAAUCGUCGUCUCGUUCCUAAUCUGUCUCCUAUGCACACUUUGUCACUCCAGAAGAAAACGUAGAGCUAAUGUGCACCAAUUGGGCUUGCAUCGGAACGCGCACUACGAUUCGCAAACCAGUGCGACCGGUUUGAGUUCAAGCCGUCGGCAUUUGCAAGGUGGCCCCAGCAUAUCGGGCAGCCUGCAUGGCAUCAAUAGCGGUUCUUUGAUGAUACCACCUGCACCGCUGCCACCCACCAGCGUACCACCACCGCCACAUAUUUGCAUUGCGGGCGUCGAUGGCAUCAGCGGGGGCAUACUAAUUAACGACGACGAUGGCCUAGACGAUGAGGAUGACCUCGAUCUCGACAAUGAACAACACGAAAUAUUUAUCAACGACGUACGAUUCGACGAUGAUGAGCACCAUCUGGAGCAAAUGCGUCAUUUGGAAACUGUUUAACAAUUGGUGAAAGGACUGGGAGAGAUGAAGGACAUCAAACAAUUGUUAAAACAAUAUGCGGGAUUUUAUAGAAAUUUACAAGCAUAGGAACAGGCUUAAGUCAAAUAUAAAAUUAUAUAUACAUAAAAUAAAAUGAAUAAAAUAUUGAUAAAUAAAUUCGCA